AUGGCUGACGCUGAAGGAGAGAAGAAGCUUUCCAAGAAAGAGUUGAACAAACUCGCUAGACAAGCUAAGAAAGAGCAAUUGAAAACACAGAACCAAGAUGGAACUGAAGAGAAGAAAACUGAUGCCGAUGAGGAGGAUGUGUCCAUGGGAAUGUAUGGAAGUUAUGGAUUAAUCCAGUCCUCUGACAAGAAAGACAUCGAGUUCACCAACGUAAACAAAAUAGGAGCUAACCUCGACGGCCAGGAAAUUUGGGUGCGAGGAAGAAUUCAUGCCAUUCGCUCAAAGGGAAAAACUUGUUUCAUCGUUCUUCGUCAACGUGUCUAUACAGCUCAAGUCUCUUUGUUCGUUGGAGAGAAGUUGAGCAAGCAGAUGCUCAAAUUUGUUGCCGGAAUUUCAAAAGAGUCUAUUGUUGACAUUCAAGGCAAAGUUGUCAGAGUUGAAUCGGAAAUUGCUUCUUGCACUCAAAAAACCGCUGAGCUUCUUGCCAUUCAAGUUUUUGUUGUUUCUUCCUCUGAACCUCGUCUUCCUCUUCAAAUUGAAGAUGCUUCUCGUAAAGCUGAUGAUGAGAGCGGAUUAGCUGCUGUCAAUUUGGACACAAGACUUGACAACAGAAUUCUCGAUCUUCGAACUCCAACUACACAAGGCAUUUUCGCCAUUCAAUCGGGGGUGUGCCGAUUAUUCAGAAAUAUCUUGACUGAGAGAGGAUUCACAGAAAUCCACACACCGAAAAUCAUAUCUGCGGCUUCUGAAGGAGGAGCUAAUGUCUUCGAAGUCACAUAUUUCAAAGGAUCCGCUUAUUUGGCUCAAUCUCCCCAGCUCUACAAACAAAUGGCAAUUGCUGGAGACUUUGAGAAGGUGUUCACAGUUGGAGGUGUCUUCCGUGCUGAGGAUUCCAAUACUCAUCGCCAUAUGACUGAAUUCGUAGGUCUCGAUUUGGAGAUGGCUUUCAACUUCCAUUAUCAUGAAGUUAUGGAAACAAUAGGAUCUGUUCUGAUUAAUGUCUUCAAAGGACUCCAGAAGGAGUAUGUUGAUGAGAUCGCUGCUGUCAAUCAACAAUACCCAGCUGAGCCAUUUGAGUUCUGUGAGCCUGCCUUAGUUUUGAAAUAUCCUGAGGCUCUUGCCCUUCUCCGACAGAACGGCGUGGAGAUGGGGGAUGAGGAAGAUUUGAACACCACCAAUGAGAAAUUCCUCGGAAAGCUUGUGAAGCAAAAAUACAAAACUGAUUUCUUCAUUCUCGACAAAUUCCCAUUGGUCGUACGACCAUUCUACACUAUGCCCGAUCCUCACGACUCCAAGUACUCUAACAGUUACGAUAUGUUCAUGAGAGGAGAAGAAAUACUUUCUGGAGCUCAACGUAUUCACGAUCCUCAACUUUUGGUUGAGAGAGCUAAACACCAUGCUGUUGAACUGGAUAAGGUUCAGUCUUACAUCGACUCCUUCAAGUAUGGAUGUCCUCCCCAUGCUGGUGGUGGAAUUGGUCUCGAACGAGUAACAAUGUUGUUCUUGGGACUUCACAACAUUCGCCUGUCCUCCAUGUUCCCCCGUGAUCCACGUCGUUUGACUCCAUAA